AUGCACGAUGUUUCCUGGGCUGAAAGACACAAGGCAAAAUGGAAGCUUUUUUCUGAUUGGUUCUUGCCGUCUGCAUGCCUUAAGUAGAAUAAUGAACACUUAAUUGUCCUCUAGAACCUUAAAACUGUUACCCUUUUUAAAAGUAAAUGUUUUCUUCGUGUUAAAAGCAAAACAAAAAAAGCCAAAUACCAUUCAGACCGAAGGCUUAAUAUUGGAAUAUUGGCUGGGAUGACUACAACUAAAUUCUCUGGCAGUCCACUAAACUAAAGCCUCUCUUCCAUCUUGUUUCCUGUUUGGGUAAAUCUAACCGGUACAUUCUACGCUUUUUGUAGCUUGUAAUUUCCAGCCAAAUGCGCCGCAAUGAGGAGCAGAUACAUUAACAAUGUGUCGAUUUUCAACUAAGAAAUACAUAAUAUUGAAUAUUAUAAUAUGUAAGAAUUUUAUAUCGAGGAAUUCUCAAAAAUAUUUGAGUAUCGAAUGUGCGGGGAGAUGGUUGGAUAGCUCCCAGUGUAGCUCAAUAGUGGUGUAUUGUGGGAGAGACCGAAAACCCAGACCAGAGGCACACAAUAUGUGCUGGCUCGCAAAAAGGAGGCAGGAUCCUUUAAAAGCAUGUAAUGUAAUCAGGGAAAUGUAAAAGAUCUAGCCGUUUUGGUGGAAAAGUCUCGAUCGGAAUAACCUACAUCAUGUCCAAGCUUGGAGAAAAAGCCAGGUUAAAUGAAGAUCACGGUAGAAAGCAGAGUUCAAGUCUGGCGAACGGAAUGGAAAACAGCCAUCCAGUUUGCAGCUCAGGGGAGAAACGUAGUCACCAUUGGAGGAGUUACAAGUUGAUUAUUGACCCAGCGUUGAAAAGGGGAUCGCAUAAAGUCUAUCGUUACGAUGGACAUAAUUUCAGCAUGCCCAACCCGGGAAUGCAGCCGGUGGAGACUGUCCGAGACCCGAGAAUCGGUCGUCUAUGGACCAAAUACAAGGAGACCGAUCUACCGGUUCCUAAGUUCAAGAUUGAUGAAUGUUAUGUCGGUCCGGUCCCUCCAAAGGAGGUGACGUUUGCAAGACUGAACGACAACAUUCGGGAAGGUUUCUUGACAGACAUGUGCAAGAAAUUCGGCGAUAUAGAGGAGGUGGAAAUUUUGUACAAUCCCAAGAACAAAAAGCAUUUGGGAAUUGCAAAAGUUCUUUUCGGCUCCGUAAAGGCGGCAAAGGACACGGUUCAAAAUCUUCACAACACUUCUGUGAUGGGAAACAUUAUCCACGUGGAGCUCGACCCGAAGGGCGAAAACCGAAUGCGGUACUUCGAGCUCCUGAUCAAUGGUUUUUACACCCCUCGGACACUACCGGUGGGGGGUGAGGACGCCCGAGAGGUGUCGCCACACAGCCUCGCUGAUGCCCUGCUGGCUAUCGAACCCGCGAAGAGACUGUCCGAAGGCAGCUCUUCCACCCUGGGGGGUCCAACCACCCCUAACAGCAUUAACACGCCCCUCUCCCUGGACACGGCCUAUUCCAGCCUGCGGCAGGACACGCCAAAUAGCUUCGGGCACACUCCCCAGUCCCAGGGUACCCCGCAUACCCCACGGCUGGCCGGUACCCCGUUCUCUCAGGACUCCAGCUACUCCAGCAGGCAGACCACGCCGGCGUACCAGGCCAGCCGGGCCGAAGGCUCGGGAGGGUACAAGGCCCGGAGGCACGAGACCAAGUUCCAGGACGCCUACAACCGGAGGCCAGAGCGCCACUACGUGCACAACACGGGCGGGGCCUACCGCGGCUCGGAGCAGACGUCCUUCUCCAGCCCCUCCUUCAAGCACCAGCCGCCGCCGCCCCCGCCGGAGCCCGCCCCCUCCGCCCCGCCCGUCGGCUCGGCCGGCUACAAGUCCGCUUUCUCCCCGUACCAAGCCCCGCCUCCCCCCGCGUACCCCCACACGGAGCCCCCGCCCCACCACCCGCCUCGGGAGCAGGAGUACAGGAGGAUCCCCCCGCCCCCUCCCGCCACCAAGGCCUUCCCCCCCAGCACCGCGUCCGCUCCCAGUGCCAGCGUGGACUUCGUGCCGGUGAAGGAGAAGCCGGAGACGCCGCCCCUCCCCGACCCCCCGCCGUCCGCCGAGCCCUUCCCUGCCGCGCCGCCGCUGAGCAGGACCCCCGAGCAGUGCCCGUCCCCUGGCACCCCCACCCUGGAGUCGGAGCGAAACAGCCUGGACUCCCGCAUCGAAAUGCUGCUCAAGGAGAAGAGGACCAAGCUGCCCUUCCUGAGCGAGAGGGACUCGGACACCGAGGUGCGCAUGGAGGGCAGCCCCAUCUCCUCGUCCUCCUCCCAGCUCUCCCCCAUACCGCCCUACUCCGCCAACUCCCAGCCUGGCUACUGCGGGGCCACCCCGGCCUCCCGCCCCUCCAGCACCGGCCUGGAGGACAUCAGCCCCACCCCUCUGCCCGACUCUGACGAAGACGAGCCCGUCCUGGGGACGGCCUCUUUGGUGCGGAGUUCCGAGGCCUCCUCCCCCAGUGACCCCCUCUCCCAGGCCAAGACGGACAGGGGCAAGAGGAAAGACUCGACCCCGGGGGACCAGACGCCCUCCGACAAGAUGGAUGUGAGCCACCAGUCCUCUGGAGAGGACAUGGAGAUCUCGGACGACGAGAUGCCCGGCACCCCUAUCGCCAGUGGCGACUGUGCCAAGGGCAUCGUGGUCAACUCCUCCGUGUCCUCCAUGUCCGCGAUCACCAUCCCCCCUCCGGGGUUCCCUCCCCUGCCCCCUCCCCAGACGGGCUUCCCCCUCCCGCCCCCACACCUCCCGCCCCACCCCGCCGUCCCCGGCCCCCCUCCGCCCCUGCCCGGCCCUCCGGGGGUCCCCCCCCACGCCAUGAUGCACCCGCUGCACCCGUACGCGCCCAACAUGGUGCCCAUGAUGCAGAUGGACCUGGUGAGCUGCCUGCCGCAGUGGAGCAGCAUGCAGAUGUCCUUCCAGAUGCAGACGCAGAUGCUGAGCCGCAUGAUGCAGGGCCAGCGGGGGUACCCCUACCCUCCCUUCAUGGCCGGGGGCGGGGCCAUGCAGUUCGGGAACCCCUACCGGCCUUUUUCCAUGGGAGCCGGGCCGUCUGCCAGCAUGGGGCACGGACAGCCCUGGCCCCUGCCCGCCAUGCCUAAAUUCAACCCCGCGGUGCCCCCGCCGGGGUACGAGCCCAAGAAGGAGGACCCGCACAAGGCCACGGUGGACGGGGUGCUGAUGGUCAUCGUCAAGGAGCUGAAGGCUAUCAUGAAGAGGGACCUCAACCGCAAGAUGGUGGAGGUGGUGGCCUUCAGGGCCUUUGACGAAUGGUGGGACAAGAAGGAGCGGUCAGCCAAGGCUUCUCUCACCCCGGUGAAGUCCGGGGAGGGGAAGGAAGAAGAGAAGGAGAAGCCCAAACCCAGGGAGCCCAUCGCCUCCAGCCUGCUGGAGAACUGGAACAAGGGCGAGGGGCUCGGCUACGAGGGCAUGGGGCUGGGCAUCGGCCUGCGGGGCGCCAUCCGGUUGCCCUCCUUUAAGGUGAAGCGGAAGGAGCCCCCCGACCAGGCCUCCACGGGGGACCCCAAAAGAAUACGCCCCUCUACGCCCGUGGAUGACGAGCUGGAGGAUGAAGAGUCCGAGCGGGACAGGGACAUGGGGGACCUCUCUGACGUGUCCAAGAAGGACGGCGACGUCUCGGCCAUCAGGCGAAGACACGCCCGGCCGCUGGAGCUGGACAGCGAGGGGGAGGAGGAAGAGGAGACUUCUGGGAAAGAGGAGGAAGAGGAGGAGGAGGAGUCCUCAUCGGAAAAAGAGGAGCCAGAGGAAGUGGAAGCAUCUGAAAGACUCUCUUCUGGCAAGGAGGGCGAGGAAGAUGAUGACGAAGAUGAAGACGACGACGAGGAAGACGAGGACGAUGAAGAUGAAGUCGAAUCUGACAGUAGUGAGAGGGAAGAAUCGUCUGAUGACGAAGUUGCCAGCGCGAUUUCGUCGAAAGCGGACUCCGACUCCUCCGAGGAAAGCGAGGACUCCUCUGACUACGACUCGAGCUCCGAGGAGCACGAGGACCAAGAGGAGGACGUGGAGGCGGAGGACGAGGAAGACGACGAGGAAGAGGAGGAGCUCCGGGCGUCCACCUCCGAUGACGAGGAGGAGGAGCUGGAGGCCAAGCCUCCGGCCACUCCCACGGCGCCCAUCCUGCACGACGACGAGCUGGAGCUGGCUCUGCUGGGCGUGGCGGAGCAGGGCAUGGAGGAGGCGGAGCUGAGGGAGGGGCCGGUGGAACACCUGACCCACGCGACCCACUUCCUGGAGGGGGACGAGAUGGUGGACUGCAUCACCGCCAGGCUGGAGGACUCCAUCGCUCACAUCCUGCCCCCCGAACCAGCGCACGACCUCAGGCCGCCGUCGCCGAAGGGAGUUCCAGUGGAGGAGCCAGACAUCGAGGUGGAGGCCGACCUCCCGGAGGUGAAGAUGGAGCCUCACGAGGACUUCGGGAACCUCCGCCCCCCCACCCCGACCGGCUCCUUGGCGGACAGCGACCUGGACGUGCGGCUCAAGGGCAAGUUCUCCUCCCCCGCGGCGGAGGAGGAGGAGCUGCCGCGCACGCCGGGCCGAGAGGCCCCCGCCCUCCUGGAGGCGGACGUGCCUGUCGACAAGCUCCUCCCCCCGUCGUCCGUCCUGCCCCACCCCCUCCCCUGCUCGGCCCCCGUCAUCGAGGUCCAGUCCCUGCUCCUGCCCCCCGGCCUGCUGCCCGACCUGCCCUCCACAGCCAGGGUCUCGGCGGACGAGGACCUGCCCAGGACGCCCGGGAGGGACCUGAUGAGCAAGGUGGCCAAGUGCCUGGGCAAGUCCCAGAGCACGGACACGGUGCCAAUCACGCCGGGCAGCGAGGCGCCCCUGACGGGCAGCAGCCUGACGCUGAGCUCGCCCCACAUACCCGGCAGCCCCUUCUCGUACCCCUCCCAGUCCCCCGGCGUCAGCGCGGGUAUCCCGCGGACCCCCGGGCGGGACUUUACCUUCACCCCGACCUUCCCCGACCCCGCCUGCGUUGCGUUCGGCAUCCCCAUCCUCAGGAAGGCCUCCUCCGACAGUCUGGAGGAGCGGCUUCUGUUCAAGGAGCCGCCCCCCAGCGCCUCCCCCCUCGGCUCCUUCCCCGCGCCCCCGCCGACCCCCGCCCUCGGCCCCGACCCCCUCCCCGGCGAGCUGUUCAAGGACUCUGCGCCGCCCCCGCCCAGCCCCUGCCCCUCGCCCAUGGGGUCCACUCUAAGUGCAGCCAGCGUGCCAAAAGACCAGCCUGCCGACGCCCAGCCGGCGGAACCGCCUGUGCCUCCCGACGUCACCCCGCCCAAAAGGAAGCCGGGGCGGCCCAAGUCGAAGAAGACCCCUGCGGUGGCCCCGCCCCAAGAGGUAGAGGAGCCCCACGUGGGCGACGUGCCCCCCUCCCUGCCGCCCGACCUUCCUGUCGCAGACCUCCUGGCGGACUUGCCAGUGGCGGUCACAGUGGCGCCUUGUGCCCCGACGGAGCCCGCGGUGGUGACCCUGGACUUCAGGGAAGACUGGACCCAGCUGGAGGAGCAGGACAAGCUGCCCCUCCAGGAGCUGGACAACCGGCCCCUGGAGGAGGACUUCCUGCAGAAGCCGCAGAGGAGGGUGAGGAGGCGGCAGGAGGAGCUCCUGCUGGCCUCCCACUCCCCCGUGGCCUCCUCUCCCAGGCCCCUGUUCCCCCCGCGCUCCGAGUUCGAGGAGAUGACCAUCCUCUACAACCUCUGGAACGACGGCAUCGACGAGGAGGACAUCCGGAACCUGCAGAUCACCUACGACAAAAUGCUGCAGCAGGACAACGGCAACGACUGGCUGAACGACACGCUCUGGGUCCAUCAUCCUCCCACCAGCAUUGCUCCAGUGAAGAGGAAGAAGCGGGACGACGGGAUGCGGGAUCACAUGACGGGUUGCGCUCGCAGCGAGGGCUAUUACAAAAUCGACAAAAAGGACAAAAUCAAAUACCUCAACAGCACACGGCCACUGAUGGACGAGCCACCAAUGGACACGCAGGGGAUGAGUAUCCCAGCCCAGCCGCACAUCUCCACCCGAGCCGGGUCCGAGCGCCGGUCCGAACAGCGCCGCUUGCUCUCCUCCUUCAGCUGCGACAGCGACCUCCUCAAGUUCAACCAGCUCAAGUUCCGCAAGAAAAAGAUCCGCUUCUGCAAGAGCCACAUCCACGACUGGGGCCUGUUCGCCAUGGAGCCCAUCGCCGCAGACGAGAUGGUCAUCGAGUACGUGGGCCAGAACAUCCGGCAGGUGAUCGCGGACAUGCGUGAGAAGCGCUACGAGGACGAGGGAAUCGGCAGCAGCUACAUGUUCCGGGUGGACCACGACACCAUCAUCGACGCCACCAAGUGUGGGAACUUUGCCCGGUUCAUCAACCACAGCUGCAAUCCCAACUGCUACGCAAAGGUCAUCACCGUGGAGUCGCAGAAGAAGAUCGUGAUCUACUCCAGGCAGCCCAUCAGCGUGAACGAGGAGAUCACGUACGACUACAAGUUCCCCAUCGAGGACGAGAAGAUCCCCUGCCUGUGCGGGGCGGAGAACUGCCGGGGCACCCUGAACUAGGGCAGCGCAGGGGUACCCGUGGGGCACCCCCAAACCUGAAGGUGCACAGGCAGGGAGCCCAAAGUCCUCGCCUGAUCCCGCUGCCUUCCCUGGGAUUAUUCAGACUAGUCAGGAGGACCCGUUGCAUGGUUGCACUAUGCCAAAAAAGAAAAGAAAAAGGAAACAAUCAACCUUCUACAAAACUACAAAGUAAAAAAAAGGGGACGAAAACGGAAGACUUGUGUGACUGGAACACACUAAUGAAUCGCACUUAAGCUCAAAGCUUCUUCCAUUAGCUCCUGUGCAGCUAGGUGUUUUUUGUUUUGUUUUGUUUACAGUUUCAGGUGCUUUCUCUACAAACAUUUAAUGUGUUACUCACUUUUUUUUUCCUGCCGCGCUCACAAGACACUAGAUCUUCUCAGCCUACCUCCAACUGCUCACCCUUCCCAUGUGAUUUCUUCCAUAGCCCCUCCCCUCCAUCCCACACACAGUACAGUCACUGCCUCUUUGGAAUGUAAAGCUGCUAUGUUUUCCUUGACGAGCGUCAAACAAGUACGAAAAUAAUGUGUCUGCUCCUUCACAGGUGCUAACGAGUGCAGUGAGAAUCUCCAUUGCGUGGAAGUGAAUGUUUGGUUUUCACUAAUUUGUCUCAAUUAUCAUUUCAUGGAGGCAACCUAGAGGCCUUGGGUUCAGUGCCGCAGUUUCUGAAGGAUUCAUCAUGCUAGGUGGAAAUGCUUUAACAGUGGUGAUGCCUAAUGUUUGCUGCUAAUUGACUGUUUGCAGUGGGAAGCUAGAGGGAUGCUAGUAGGAGGAGGCUAUUCAUUUUUGCUGCUUGCCCUGUGUUGUGACCGCGACGGGCUCGUAGCGAAGGCAUGCUAGCCUAAAAGGUAAUGUUCUCAUUGUUUACCUCAUCUUUUCAUUACCCAUACUUUGUCUCUAAUAUUUUAGAUUUUUGUUUGUUUUUCUGUAUACCCGUGACUUGAGCUUUCUCAAGGAAAAACAAAAAAAUGACUGACGAUCACUAGUAAAUACCUUUGUGUGCAGGGUAGAUUAAAUUCACCUUUCAUUGUGUUCAUGUCCAAUAUUAAUACUAUAAUAGACUGUAUAGAUUCAUUCCCCAGGAGCUUGUCUCUGGAAGUUGAACCUGUACAUGAACUAUUAAUAUGUACUGCCCCCUGGUGGCUAGGUUACAGAACUGAAAUUAAAACAGAUAAUUCUUAGCUGCUUAUGACUUAGAAGGCAAAGUUUGUAGGUCCCUUAACCAGGUCACCUGGACACUUGUAUUGGGGCAGGAUGUUACUCUGUGGAGGGAAGCAGUCCGUGUAACAGUGUAGAUUUAAUAUUCUUUGUAUCAGUCAGCUUUUUUACAUAGAUUGUGCACUUUACUGCAUUCUGAUAAUUACUGAAUGAGGUUACUUUCCUGACCCCUGAGUCCAGUCCAGUCCUUUUAUUCUAUGCUCCCUGCAUCACUGUGUGAUUAAACAUUGGUGAUACUGGUACAGGCUUUCUAACCAUGUGUGCGUGUAUAUGUGUGUGUCUGUGUGUGUGCGCGUGUGAAAAAUUCCUUGGCAAAGUCUCUCAUUCUUAUAAGCAUUUGCUAGGCAGUACGUGUGAUCUGGGUAUGUGAGAAUCUUUGGUCGACUGAGUGUAAGGCAGGACCUCACCAACAUGGCCUCUAAGCCACAAUUCUCCCUUCGUUAAGUAGAUGUAAAUGUUAGCUCUCCUCAACACACUCUGCCUGCUGGUCUGUGUUGCAGCUGCAAAGGAACUGCUGAACAGUUCCUUCUGACCCAAAAAUUAUGGUAGUGAGUGGAAGAAGCAGCCUUAGAAACCAUAGCCAGUGUCCCUCACUGACUGACAACUGGCUGACUGACGGAGCAAGGAGCUGCUGUAGUAGCAGUAUUUGUACACUAGAGGGUGAAACGGAACUUUCGGAACAAUAAUGGCCAACGUGAACAGUGCCUAUUCAAUUCUUUUCUGAACUAAUGGAUAGCACCUUUUCAGAUAGAGAGAAAGUGAGAGAGAUUGUGUGUGUGUGUGUGUGUGUGUGUGAGAGAGAGUGCAACCAUGAGCGUGGUCUUUACUGAUUCUUUGGUGCUACAGCUGAAAUGUCCUGGGCCUUGGAAGAAGGCUCUGUGUUUACAGACAUGGGGAGGGGGGAGACUGUAGUGCUUUUCUCUUUCUUUUUCUUUUUGGAAGUAAGGGCAUCUCCCUUAACCUUUCACAUGCUGUUAAUUUCUUUUUGUCCCCCCCCCAUUCUUGUUCAUUUCCCAUAUGGUGCUGCUUUUUCUGUUUUCAUUUAAACUACGUAUGCAUUUUCACCAACUGUCAUAAAAGUAGCAGCAGUAAUUAUUGGUUGCACAAGUUAAAUUUUUUGUUGUUGUUGUUGUUACAAAUGCACUAAUGCUGGGGCCCUUCCUUGGCAAGGGCCCCAUCUGUGAAUCAGAAGCCCCAAAAGCCCACAUUAUUGUUCAUCUUGCCUGCAGCUUCUGAGCAUUCACACAGGGUUGUGCGGAGGCUUUUUUAAAGAGAAUCAUCGUUGUGUUUAUAUUGUACAGGUUCGUUUGUAUCAUGCCAGGCGAUUUUAUCUUCAGCAAAGGUGCGGGGAAGGGCAGUGGGGUACCGAAAAUUCCAUGAGUUUGUUUCCUCUUUUUUUAAAGGAAAAAAAAAGGAUAAUUAUUUAACAAUUGUGAUAUUUUCAGGGAGCAUUAAAACGUGUAAAGUAAAAAAAAAAAGAUAAAUUGUUUAUUUGAAGCAAAGGUGCGUCCAAUCCAUCAUGUGAAUCGGCAUUUCCCUUGGAAAGAUUGUUUCUUGUAGAAACGUCUUUUUUUUUUCUUUUCUUUUUUUUCCCCCAGCCCUUUGCUCUUUGUAAGCUGUAGAUUGUAAAUAGUUGUGUAAAUGUUUUUUGUUUGGGGUGUUUGCUACAGAAGCACAGCUCAGAGGUAUGCACCAAGUGUAGAGUACACUGGUGCACACACAGCUGGUAGCAAUAUAUUCAGCUUGUGUCAAGCUUUUUUUUUUUUUUUUUUGUAAAUUCCGUGUACAUCUAUUUGCAGUGUAGAGAAUACGAGCAUUAUUCUGCGAAAGGAAGAAUGGCAAAAGAGCUGGGUGAGCUUUCGUGACUUCUCAAUUGCCUAUUUAUUAUAAAUGACUGAAAUGUUUAAAAAGAAUAAAAUUAAAAAAUAAAGGCAUCUUCAAAUGUAUUUAUGGACAGCUAAAAGUGGAUUUAUUGUUUUUACACAUACACUAACGCACAAUUUCCUCCCAUCGCCACUACAGAUGUCUCGGUGGUUUAAGCAAUGCUUAUUAAAUAUCAGUGCCCAAUGAGAAGUUUCAAGUUAGCCUCUUUGCAGUUUGUUUUUAUUCAUUAUAUUUGACCAUUUUUAACUAAUUUUUCUAAACACAUUCAUAUUUAGAAAAAAAACAAACAGGUUCCAUGUGGAUUGAGGUAUGGACAUUGAAAUGGUUUGCAAUAAAAAAUGUCUGAGGCAUUUGAGUAUUGGUUAUUUUUAUUGUUUUUAAUUUUACUAAGGCCCAGCUUUGGAGACCGUACUGUUUAUUAUUUUUUUAUUUACACACCUAGAGGUUUUUUGUGUUGAUGGAUAAUGUGCCGAAUAUCUUUGUUGACAAGUGUUGUGUUUUGCUGUAAAUAUUUGUUCAUACUUUUGUGAAUUUAUGAUUAUGUAUUAUUGUAUUAUAGUAACUUUUAUAAAGGAAUCCAUAAACAUA